AUGCAAGUGUUCGAAGUAUUCGUUUACUUUGCUACAGCCGGAAAAGAACGCGAAAUCAAGUGGUACAACCGCGAUUCGCCUCCGCCUAACCGGCCGCGCUGUGGAUACCUCGGCAACGAUGCAGUCUGCGUUCGGGAGCAAAACAUUAUCCUGGCCGCGUCCGUCGUCUCGGCUGUGAUUUUCGUGGGGAUCGUCUCGGUUAUUGCGUUACUCGUUUACCGAAAGCGUAAACUGGAAGCGGCAAUUAAUGAUCCAUGGUGGAGAGUGCCUCCCGAGGAAAUCAGCGCCAAAUCAGACCGACAUGGCCUUUCCGUGUCGAUCAGUCGAUUAAGCUUAGGCAAUAUGAGCGUCGCCGACGGAGCAAGCUCCGCUGGUGGGCAUUCACAAGUGUUUGCGAAAACCGCGCAGUACAAGAACAAAGUGGUGUGCGUCAAGAAACUGCAGACAUCCCGACGCUUCCACGCAACGCGCAAAGAACUGAAAGAAAUCAAAAAGUUACAUGACAUCAACAACGACAACAUGAACCCGUUGGUCGGUAUCGCCGUCGAAGACGCCCAAGUACAAGUGCUGUUCGAAUACUGUCAGAAAGGCAGUUUGGCCGAUGUCCUGGAGAACGAGGCAAUUAAGCUGGAUUGGUCGUUCCGGUACUCGCUGAUCGGUGACAUUGUGUCGGGUUUGGCGUACCUCCACGAUUCACCCAUUAAAUCACACGGCAACUUGACCAGCUCCAACUGUGUGAUCGACAACCGGUUCGUACUGAAGAUCACCGAUUACGGCCUGGGUUUCCUCCAACCGUUCCUGAAUAAGAAUGUGGAACUGGCGAAAACAGACGAAGGCCGGCUGUUAUGGCGUGCUCCGGAGCAUUUGCGAGCACAGAUGCCACCACAAGGAACCCCAGAAGGCGAUGUGUACAGUUUUGCGAUCAUCUUGCAAGAAAUCGUUCUUCGAUGUCAUCCGUACGGUUCGCCGGAUCCCGCUCGCUUACCUAUGGAACCAUACGCAAUUGUGGCACAAGUGGCAAAAGGUACCGAUCCGCCGCUGCGUCCCCAUGUUUCCGGCGAUGCCUGUCCACCGGAGCUGCGCAGUAUCAUGGAGCACUCGUGGAGCGAGGCACCGGAGGCGCGUCCCACCCUGAAAGACAUCAAAGGCCAGCUGAAGAAGAUCCCCGGCGCUGAGCAGGGCAAUCUCAUGGACAAUCUCAUGAAGCGCAUGGAAGCCUAAGCCACGGAUCUAGAAGGUCUUGUCAUGCUGCGUACCGAGCAGGUCUAUCAGGAGAAGCAGAAAUCGGAGAAUCUCCUGUUCGAAGUGUUGCCACGGUCGGUGGCGAACCGCUUGAAGCAAGGAGAAACCGUGGAACCGGAAGCGUACGACGAGUGCUCCAUUUAUUUCAGCGACAUUGUCGGGUUCACCACGCUGUCGGCGUCGAGCACGCCGUUGCAAGUGGUCGAUCUGUUGAAUGACCUUUACACACUGUUCGACGGCAUUCUGGAUGGAUUCGAUGUGUACAAAGUGGAAACGAUUGGGGAUGCAUACAUGGUGGUCAGUGGACUGCCCAUCCGCAACGGUAACCUGCACGCUCGCGAGAUCGCUCGCACCUCCCUUAUGCUGUUGGAGGGGAUCAAACGCUUCAGAAUCCGCCAUCGUCCCACGGAGCAACUGCGACUGCGUAUUGGCAAUCACUCCGGACCCGCUGUCGCUGGGGUGGUGGGACUGAAGAUGCCACGCUACUGCUUAUUUGGAGUUACGGUGACGAUUGCCAACAAAAUGGAAAGCAUGGGCGAAGCUUUGAAAAUCCACAUUAGCGACGACAAUAAAGUCAUUCUGGAUGGGUUCGGAACCUUCGACGUUACGUUGCGCGGUGAACUCGAUGUCAAGGGAAUUGGUCCAAUGGUGACCUGGUGGCUUAACUCGGAAAAUGUGGAAGAACCGCCACCGCUGGAUGAAAUCCCGCCAUCUGGCUCGCAGACCACUGUGGAGGCCACUUUGGAGCACCCGGAAUAAAAACAGACAUCGCGGUAGAAACUAACGGGAAAGUGUGCAUUUUAAUAGAUCUCAUUGCUGAACAAAAUUACGUUUUGCUACUCUAUUUUUCGUAAAUCCUUGUGGGCUUUCUGCCCUCGAAACCACGCUUCUGCACUUGUUAAGCAUGCUG